ACGAAGGCGUCCGACGCAAAAUAUAACAAUAUUAAUGUUCCAUUUAUUCGGCCUCCUCGGAGAAUGAUUCGAGAAUCGAAGUGACCGUAGUGGGUCGCGGACUGCGCGAUGGUCGGAUAUGGUUUGGCGGCCGCGCGACGCGGAAAUCUCAAAGAACGGAGCGCGAUGUUGUUCCUCGACUCGCCUAACCGUUGCCAGCGAGAGGGCGCAAGGUUGUCGCUCGUCGGCUGUUAAGCGGGCCGCGAGGAGGUCGAGUUCGCGUGCUGGCGCUGGCGCGAGCCCUCGGCUCUCAGUGAGACAUGCUCGCGUGCUCGUGCUCGUGCUCGGACGAUCGGCCGUGGGACUCGAGGAUUGUCGGCUCGGCGGGGGCGAUGGAGAUGGAGUGAGCGUGCGAUCUGAUACGCCCGGCUCGCAGCGAGGGAUCCAUCGAUCGAGCGAUCGGGUGCAGGCGUGAGAUUUUGCUCCUGCUGGCAAAAAUUGCCGGCGGGACAUUGCAGUCUUCACCACUCACGUCAGUACCUCGCGACGACGUGUGUGCUCAGCCUUGCUCUGCCUUCGUGUCUCUGGCUCUGCGAUGUGACGAAGGCUCAUGGCAGAACCCCGAUGAUGGCAGUGCCCCCUCCUCGUGCGAUCCUCAUCGACCGUCUCUUUUCUUGAGCACGGGGGCUGGCUUGUUGUGACAGUCGAGAUGUCGGGCUUUUCGACGGGCAACGAGUUUUCGGGCACGGCGGUGGACAAUCGGAUGAAACGAAGACAGAAUUUUACGCCUUUCAUGAAAUGGGAGUUUCGGCGAGACUUGUUCAGAAUGCUGAGAAACAUAAGGCACAUGAAGCCAUCGAUUGACCAAGGGCCCCCCAAACAACCCUCGAUCCAAACAUUGAACCGAUCUAGGCAAAUUGUCGAAGAAGGCAGAUUAAGGUUGAUCGAGAGAGAAAAUCAACAACUUCUAGAACGGUUGCGCAAGAUUCACAAUCGUCCUCGGAGUCACUUCUGUCAUCUGAAAAAGCGAGGAGAUCCGCUUAUCAAGGGGGACGCUUUCAGGUUGAAGAAGCCUUCCGGUGCCCCGGGCUAUCUGGUGCAAUUGUACAAAGAUUUGAAGCUGGCGAACCCCGUGACGAACCGCAAAAGCAUUCGCGUGCAGCAAGAGAUGCUCACGAGUGCCAUGGAACUGGUACAAGCGUCGAACAGAAACAAACCUUCGGAGGAGCUUCUGGACAGCGUGGUACAGUUGACCCUGGACACGGUGGAAGAAGCUCCGUCGUCUCCGGAUGCCACCACCUCCGAGGGUGGGACCGCCUCUGAUGGUGGCGCAACCGUCAAUCUCGAAGGGCAGCCGAUGGACGGCGAAGCAGGGGCUAAGGCCGAAGAGGAGUCCACAGGUACAGGCGCUCUCGAUUUAAUGAAAAACUUGGCGGGAAAGCUGUUCGGCUGAUCGGAGUGCUCGGGUCUCUCCUUGUCGAACCUCGCCGAAGACCAGGAAGCUCUCGGAACGCAGUCCCGAUGCCGAUUCUGCAGAGGUCCUUCCUUCGAGUCAAAUCAAGCAGAUCCACACAAAUCAGCCAAAUCACACACACGGCGCAAUGUUCAAAGGGCGACCCAUAGCGGUGGUGUCUUUCGAGCAAUCAAUCCUCGAUGGUCUCGACGCGUAAGAGGAAUUUUGUAUUUCACUACAUUAUCAAUGAACACGAUUUCUUUCUGUGAACAUCUUCGUGAGUGUCGAUCAGCUCUCUCCUUUCGACAAAGUUUGUGAUCCCCACGCGUUCACUCUUGUGUUCUAGGGAUACUCUCUCCUACAUGUGAUUAUGAGUUUUUGCCUUGGUCAUGGUAAGGUGGUUUGUUUUAUUUAUUCAUUUUAGUUAUCGUAUCGAGUAUCGAGACGCCCUUUAUCUUGAUCUAUUCUGCCCUUCAGUCUCAUCACCCCGUGACGAACCGCAUGAAUU